AUACACUACUGCUCUUAAAUACUUCAUAGAGCAGAAAUUCCCCGGAGCUUUGCUCAUGGAGGAACACCAGGGCUCAGUGACCUACCAGUUGCCCAGUGCUGGUCUGACGUGGUCCUCAGUGUUCCGUCAACUGGAGGCCAACAAGGACAGACUUGGUAUCAUUGACUACUCUGUCAGUCAGACCACCCUCGAUCAGGUUUUCAUCAACUUCGCAAAGCUACAGGAGGGUGUUAUUGGUUGAUGGUAAUUUCUGGACAAUGUACGCGUGUCACAAAUACUGCUGUGCAGGAUAUAUUAUGCUUACAGUGGUUAUUAUACUCCACAUUUAUAAUGUGUGUGCCUAAUAUAAUAGGGGAUUA